CCUUGUUACUCGGCAGCUGGCAGGGAUAUCCACCUCGACAUUGUGGCGAGAGUCUCAUUCGCCGUCUAGAAAGAGUUGUUACAGAUCAAGAUGUUGUCUUCUGGUUCGGGACGGCCUUGGCAGAGCUUGUCCCCGACUCAGGCUUUGGUCGAACAAGCAUGUGAUCCGACACUCCCAGCGCCUAAUGAGACUGUCAAUCUCGAGUUGGCAGAGCUCAUCAACCGAAAGAAAGCUAACAGCGCCCGGGAAGCCACCCACGCCCUCCUGACUCAUAUCAACUCUCGUAAUCCUAACCAGUCCCUACUCGCUCUCAACACUUUAGAUUGUCUUGUGAAGAAUUGCGGAUAUCCUGUACAUCUUCAGAUCAGUACCAAGGAGUUCCUCAAUGAACUGGUCCGACGCUUCCCUGAACGGCCACCUAUGGUCACGGGCCGUGUCAUGGCACGGAUCUUAGAGUUGAUACAUGAAUGGAAGAAUACGCUUUGUGUACAUUCCAAGUAUAAGGAGGAUUUGGUACAUAUAAGAGAUAUGCACAGGCUGUUGAGCUACAAAGGCUACAGGUUCAAGGCGUUCGACGCUGCGAGAGCGAUGGCCAAUGAAAACCCCAACGAAAAUCUCAAGUCGCCCCAGGAGCUCGAAGAAGAAGAUCGGGCAGCGAAGAGUGCCAAGCUGCAAGAGUUGAUUCGUCGAGGGACACCCCGAGAUCUAGCCGCCGCCCAGGAACUGAUGAAAGCUCUCGCUGGAGCAGAACCGGAAAAAGCGCCAGAUUACGCGUCGCAGACCUUGAGCGAGUUGGACAAGGUUCAAUCCAAGGCUAUUCUGCUCAAUGACAUGCUCAACAACGCUCGUGAGGGAGAGAAGAUUGGCAUCGAAGGUGAUGUCUAUGAUCAGGUCGCCAUGGCUUGUAGAGGUGCAAGACCGAAGAUCCAGCGCUGGAUCGAAGAGGAGGACGGGGAACGAGAGGGUAUGAUGGACCGCCUUUUGUUGUGCAAUGAUCUCAUCAACAAUGCUUUGGACAGGUUCGAAGCAUGUAAAGCUGGGGACUGGGCUGCUGCGAAGGCGUUGGUGGAAUCUGCCAACCCGAACCAGAAAGCCGCCGAUCUGAUCUCAUUCGACGCGUUCGCGGAUGAAGACCUGGAAGGCCGGACUGGUCAAGGUGGUCUCUCACUGCCGACCGACAUGGCAGGUUCAUCGACUUCGGCUGGACUCACAUCCUCCGGGCUUCCUCUCGACCUCUUCUCUGCACCUUCUCCUGCACCUUCACCCAACUCAUCCGGGAAGGCUUCCACUUCGGGUCAUGCCAGACAAGACCCCAUGGCGUUCUUCGCUACCAAGCCUGCUCAAUCUCCGAGUGGUCCAGGCGUUGGGUCAGACACUGGGUUUGGGAAUCUACUAUUCCCUUCGGGAUCCACAUUUUCACCACCUCAACCUUCCACAGGAUUCGCCCCGUCUCUUCAACCGCCAGCUCCCACCGUUGGGUAUUCGCUAUCACCACAACCGACAACACCGGGCACGAACGGUACUGGACAAUCGGGAUCGCAGGGGCAAGGGCAAGGGAAGGGACAGAAGAAAGAUGCGUUUGCGGAUCUUGUAGAUUUGAUGAGUUAGGUCAAGGUUGUAUACUGCUUCGCAUGAUAUGGUUGCAUAAAUUAUGAUGGG